GCGGCCACAGCGCCAUGUUGAACGGAAUCAUCACACUCCGUGGAGAUACUCUCGUCAAAGAGCAGUUGUAAACAAAGUGUUAUUCAUUUUCCAAAGGGGGUACGCCUGUCAAGAUCGCCCUGGCAAGAAGAGGCCAACUAGAUCCUCGGAAACCCCGGCCGGGGAGGGGGAACAGCCCCCAACCUUCAGCAAUGAAGAUAAACCACAAUAAGCGCUAGCCGGCUAACUUUAGCCUGCUAUUCUAUCAAUAAGCUAGCUAGCCUGUUAGCUCACGCGUUAAUAUCCGCUCAGACACCGGCAACCUGCUCCUAUAAAGCCGGGUGUUGACAUAACUCGCCAGCAAUAUUUUUUACGUGUACAGUUUAGCCGCUAGCUUAUUUAUAACUGUAAAUAUCUGUAAAUCCGUGCGUUUGUUUUUUUAUUUGCGAUGAGUUUGCCGCCGAAAACGUUGCCGAAACCAGCCGCUGCCGCCGCCGCUGGAACUGGACCUGGAACCGGGUCGUUAUCCGCGAGCCAACUGCGGGCCACCCUCACCACAGUCCCGCUACAGCCGGUGGCUCAACAGCCUCCGCAGACACAAGUUUUCCUUAAUUUCCCUUCAAGAUAUCCACGAGUGCCGCCUUCCCUGGACGAGCGAAUCUUCUCAACACAGCCUGUCACUGCUGUCUACAGUGUACAGAGACCCCCUGGCCCUCCAUUUACACCACAUGAAAUCAGCAAGGGACACCCUAACCUAGCGGCUACCCCGCCGGGUCAUGCCUCUUCCCCAGGACUCUCUCAGGUAUCAGUUUCAACAGUAUCCGCUGCGCAUCUCUAUGGUCAUCCUAAAGGCUGGGAGCCAGGAGGAGGGUCUCCGUACACAACGGGACAGAAUGCCGGCACGACCCCUCUGGUUUACUCUCCACCAACCCAGCCAAUGAACGCACAGCCUCAGAGCCGCCCGUUUGCCCCUGGGCCUCGUCCUACCCAUCACCAGGGAGGAUUCAGAUCUAUUCAGUUUUUCCAGAGGACGCAGAUGCAAACGGCCCGGCCCACCAUUCCAAGCAACACCCCACCCAUUCGGCCCACAUCUCAGACCCCCACAGUUUAUUCUCCCAAUCAGCACAUCAUGAUGACCAUGGCUCAUGUGCCCUUUCAUUCCCCACAGACAGCGCAGUACUACAUCCCUCAGUACCGUCACAGUGCUCCUCAGUAUGUGGGACCUCCUCAGCAGUACCCUGUCCAGCCCACUGGACCCAGUACCUUCUAUGCUCCACCCAGUCCAGGGGAGUUUCCUGCACCUUAUGCAGGACCUCCCUACUAUCCUGGGCAGCCCGUGUACACACCAUCUCCACCCAUUAUAGUGCCUACACCACAACAACCUCCACCUGCUAAGAGGGAAAAGAAAACAAUCCGCAUCCGAGACCCUAACCAGGGUGGCAAGGAUGUCACAGACGAAAUAUUAUCAGGAGUGGGUGGGAGUCGAAACCCAACCCCACCGGUGGGACGGCCCUCUUCCACUCCUACACCUCCUCAGCAGCUGAACAGCCAGGUAGCAGAUCAUGGGCACAUCAUGUAUAAUGUGGACAGCAGCCCGCACCUUCCUGCACCCCUCAACUUGAAAGCAGAUGACAAGCCAAAACUAGAGUUUUCCACGCAAAGAACAGUAUCUCCUGGUCUGCGGCAGCCUGACACUCCUCUGGAAAGAAGAGAUCCCAGCAGCCCAGUCCAAACACCCACCUCUCCCCCACACAAACAUGAGCUUCCCCCCUCCGACUCAGAGACGGCCUCAAGUGUAGCUACAGCCCCGACUCCUUCCAUACCUGCCUCAACAGAGGAGUCAGCUGAUGCCCCGAGCCCGUUAGCUGAGUCCAGUCUCACUAAAGCUAUUACACCUGAACCAGAGAGCUCUGAGCCAGAGAAAUCCUUCUCACCACCACCACCUCAGAGUCUGUCUGCAUCCCUCGCCCAGCACGAAAAAGCCGUCAACGGGCUCACAGACGUUGAUGCUGCUCCACUGAGUGAAGACUUGGAAACCCAACCCAGGGAAGCCUCUCCAUUGCUGCCUACUUCCAGUGUGCCCCAGUCAGAGCCCAGGCCUGUCACACCGGUGCUGGAGGAAGAGUCGGAUCCAAUCAAGGUGGACAGUCCUUUGCCUCCUGUUGAGGAUGAUGCUGGAUGUCCUGACGACGUUUCCCCCUCCCUCUCCACCUCCACGACUGCUGCUAUCUCCACCACUCCUCCUGCUCCUCCUCCAGGACUCUCGCACCCCAGUCAGGUUUCUGCAGGGUCAGACAGGAGACCCUCUACUGGAGCAGAGAUCAAAGAAACAGGGAAGGAAAAUGAGGCCUUGCCGGACAAGAAAGGAGAGCCUUUCUUACAGUCCAGAAAAAGCUCAAAUCAAGCUACAUCUAGUGCACCAAAGACCUGGAAGAAGCCAAAAGAGGACAUGCCUGUAGGGCAAGAUCAGAAUCCAGACAAAGAGUUGCUGAAUGUUGGCAUGCGACGGCCACCUGGACGCAAGAUCAUCACAAACGUGUCUGUGAUUGAUGAGGUGCAGCUGAAGACAACCGAGAAUGCCUGGAAGCCUGGCAUGAAGCGGGAAGGUGCAGUUGAAGACCCAGAUGCUCUGAGAACUCAGGAGCUUUUCCGAAAAGUGCGCAGUAUUCUCAACAAACUGACACCGCAGAUGUUUAGCCAGCUGAUGAAGCAGGUGACUGACCUCACCAUCGACACAGAGGAGCGACUCAAGGGUGUCAUAGAUCUGGUCUUUGAAAAAGCCAUCAAUGAACCCAGCUUCUCUGUGGCCUAUGGCAACAUGUGCAGCUGUCUGGCCACGUUAAAAGUGCCCAUGACGGAUAAGCCCAACAGCACUGUGAAUUUCCGGAAGCUGCUUCUGAACCGCUGUCAGAAAGAGUUUGAGAAGGACAAGAUGGAUGACGAUGCCUUCGAGAAGAAGCACAGGGAGCUGGAGGCAGCUACUGCGUCCAGCGAGCGGGAGAGGCUUCAGGAAGAGCUGGAAGAGGCCAAAGACAAGGCCCGAAGACGCUCCAUUGGCAACAUCAAGUUCAUCGGCGAGCUCUUCAAGCUGCGGAUGCUGACAGAGGCCAUCAUGCACGACUGCGUGGUGAAGUUGCUGAAAAACCAUGAUGAAGAGUCACUGGAGUGCCUGUGUAGACUGCUCACCACUAUUGGCAAGGACCUGGACUUUGAGAAAGCUAAGCCACGAAUGGAUCAGUACUUUAAUCAGAUGGAGAAGAUAGUUAAGGAGAGGAAGACUUCUUCGCGCAUUCGCUUCAUGCUGCAGGAUGUUAUUGACCUGCGACUGCACAACUGGGUUUCACGAAGAGCAGAUCAGGGCCCCAAGACCAUCGAGCAAAUCCAUAAAGACGCAAAGCUGGAGGAGCAGGAGGAACAGAGAAAAGUCCACCAGCAACUGCUUUCCAAAGACAACAAGAGGAGACCAGUGGUGCAGAGAGAGGAGACCUGGAGCACUGUGCCUAUGACUAAGAACAGCAGAACAAUAGACCCCGCCAAGAUUCCCAAAUUCUCCAAGCCAGCGAUAGAUGAGAAGAUUCAGCUGGGGCCGAGAGCUCAGGUAAACUGGAUGAAGGGCAGCAGUGGAGGAGCUGGAGCAAAAGCCAGCGAAUCAGAUGCGACUCGGCCUAGUGCCAGUUUGAAUCGUUACUCUCCUCUGCAACCCUCGGCACUCCAGACCUCUUCUUUACCCUCCACAUCCCCAGAUUUUGAUGCCAGGAGAGUUCUCGGCAGUCGUGGAAGCUCAGGGCGGGAGCGCAAUGACAAGCCAUUGAGUGCGGGUCCUGCUCGGACGGGGCCUAUUUUAUUGAGCAGCAGCAAUAAAGAGACCCCCGAAGAGCUGGUCCAGGAAGUGUCCCGGAGAGACUCCAAUGCUUCAGAUACACCCAAGCUGCCCAUCAGCACUGCAGACAAGAGCAGACUGGAGAACAGCCAAUCCAGAGAGUCUGAUGUUAAACUUGAAGCACUCUCAGGACCCUCUCCAGAUAAGCCUGCAUUAUCAGAAGAGGAGAUGGAGAGGCGGUCCAAGUCUAUUAUUGAUGAGUUUUUGCACAUUAAUGAUUACAAGGAAGCUUUGCAGUGUGUUGAGGAACUAGAGCAGCCUGCCAUGCUCUAUGUGUUUGUGCGGGUAGGUGUGGAGUCCACGCUGGAGAGGAGUCAGAUCACGCGAGACCAUAUGGGUCAGCUGCUCUUCCAGCUCCUGCAGGCUGGAGUCCUCCUCAAACUUCAGUUCUUUAAAGGGUUUUCUGAAACUCUUGAAUUAGCAGAUGAUAUGGCCAUUGAUAUUCCCCAUAUAUGGCUGUACCUUGCAGAGCUGGUAACCCCUGUGCUUCGAGAGGGGGGAAUCUCUAUGAGAGAAUUAUUUAGUGAAUUUAGCAAACCAUUACUCCCUGUGGGAAGAGCUGGGAUAUUAUUUUCUGAAAUAUUGCACCUUCUAUGCAAACAAAUGAGCCAUAAGAAAGUGGGAUCAUUAUGGAGGGAUUCUGGGUUAAGCUGGGCAGAUUUUAUACCUGAAACAGAGGAUGUGCACAGCUUCAUCACAGAACAUAAACUAGAGUUCACUCUGUCUGAUGGCUCAAACCCGACCGAGGCUGUCUCUAAGAGAACACUCUCGCCUGAGGAACUGAACAAGCAACUUGAAAAGCUAUUACUUGAGGACAUGGUUGGUGAUGAACAAAUCUUCGACUGGGUUGAGGCCAAUCUAGAUGAAUCAGAAAUGGGUUCAGCUCCUUUCGUCAGAGCUUUAAUGACUGCUGUGUGUAAAGCAGCAGUAAAAACCGAGGGCUCCUCGUGUAAAGUGGACUUGUCCAUAAUCCAGACGAGAUUGCCUGUAUUACACAAGUACCUUAACUCAGACACAGAGAGACAGUUGCAAGCACUUUACGCACUUCAAGCAUUGAUAGUAAAACUGGACCAGCCUGCUAAUUUGCUCCGGAUGUUUUUUGACUGUUUGUAUGAUGAGGACGUGAUCUCUGAAGACGCUUUCUAUAAAUGGGAGGUCAGUAAAGACCCCGCUGAACAGCAAGGCAAAGGUGUUGCCCUGAAGUCCGUCACGGCCUUCUUCACGUGGCUGCGCGAGGCUGAGGAAGAGUCCGAGGACAAUUGACGACAGGACAAACGGGGACACAUUGGUCAACAAGUGCUGAAAAGACAAUAGUCGAUGAAACAAUAAUUGCAUCAAAUUAAAAUGUAACAUAACAAGCAACACAUUAUGCAUCAGGAUGGAUUUCGAAUGGUACGGUUCACUGACAUGCAGCGACCCGACGACAACUUACAAAUUGCUUGAGCACUAAACAAAAAUGUAUUAUUUAUAGAAAUGUUGCAUUUAAGUUUUUUAUUUUUUUCUUUUGUUACUUUUUAAGAGAACUUUAAUAAUACAAACAUGCAACAGUGAAACAAAACGUAAGCUCAGACUCGUUAAUUUAUUUUUUUUAAGAACCGCAUACACAAAAAGGCUAUUUAGCAUUCACAGCGAUCGGUGGGUAGAGAAAUAAAGUUCAUAAUUUUAUUAUUAAUAUAAUGACAAUAACAAUUAUUAAAAUACAACUCGAGUGA